AUGUACUCAAUUGGCAACAUAUACGCAAUUGCUGCGGUAGCAAUCGUUGGCGGUGGUUUGUUUGGUUUCGACAUCUCGUCCAUGUCGGCCAUCAUCUCGACACAACAAUACCUUUGUUACUUCAACCAGAAGCCUGAAACAUAUGAGCCAACCAAAGAUGUACAGGAAUGUGCUGGACCGUCGUCUUCUGUUCAAGGAGGCAUCACAGCCUCCAUGGCUGGAGGGUCCUUCUUGGGCGCCAUAGUAUCUGCGAUUUUGUCAGAUAGGUGUGGUCGAAAAAGUUCAAUUCAGAUUGGUUCUGUAAUCUGGUGUAUUGGUUCAGUUCUGGUCUGCGCCUCCCAAAACAUUGGCAUGCUCAUUCUCGGCCGUUUUAUUAACGGCAUUUCUGUUGGAAUAUGUUCAGCGCAAGUACCUGUCUAUAUUACCGAAAUUGCACCACCGACAAAACGAGGUCUUCUUGUUGGUGCUCAACAGUGGGCUAUAACUUGGGGGAUAUUAAUCAUGUACUACGUUUCGUAUGGCUGCUCAUUUAUUGGCGCUACAUCUCAUCCGCCCUCACCAACUGCAUUCAGAGUCCCCUGGGGCUUACAAAUGAUCCCUGCCAUAUUUCUAUUCUUUGCACUCUUCCUUCUUCCCGAGUCGCCUCGCUGGCUUGCGAAGAAAGAUCGUUGGGAAGAAGCCGAGGCCACAAUAGCCCUUGUCCACGCCAAAUGUAACCGCCAACAUCCGUUUGUUGUCGCUGAGAUACAAGAGAUCAAAGAUUUUUGUCAGUUUGAGAGAGAGAAUGCCAAUAUCUCCUGGCUUGAGCUCUUCAAACCAAACAUGAUUUGGCGAACUCACAUCGCAGUAUUCACUCAAUUCUGGUCUCAACUUACGGGCAUGAAUGUCAUCAUGUACUAUGUCACCUACGUCUUUGCUAUGGCCGGAUUUUCUGGAAACAGUGGUUUGGUUGCGUCGUCAAUCAACUACGUCAUUAAUGUCUUCAUGACAAUUCCUGCUCUCCUAUUAAUUGACAGAAUUGGACGUCGGCCAGCAUUAAUAGGCGGAGCCAUAUCUUUAAUGAUCUGGUGGUUUGCAACAGCUGGCAUCCUUGCUACAUAUGGCCAUCCGGCACCACCAGGAGGGCUAAACCACGUAUCAGCUCAGUCCUGGGUAAUUGCUGGACCGGCAUCAAAGGCUGUCAUCGCUGCUUCAUACCUUAUAGUUGCAUCUUUUGCACCAACUUGGGGCCCAGUCUCUUGGACAUAUCCCCCAGAGCUAUUUCCGCUGCGACUUAGAGCAAAGGGAGUAUCCCUCUCAACUGCUGCUUGUUGGGCAAUGAACUUUGCACUUGGAUAUUUUACACCGCCUGCGUUCACUAACAUUGCCUGGAAAACAUAUCUCGUUUUCGGGGUUUUCUGCACUGCCAUGGCUAUUCACGCAUUCGUUUGUUUUCCGGAAACUGCUGGCAAGCCCCUGGAGGAGAUUGAGGAGAUAUUCUCUUUUAAUACCCGUGCUUGGAAGACUCGUGCAGAAUUUGCCUCUGGCCGGCGAAUGGAGAAAGGUGGACUUAAUGGUGAGAAGCAUACCCAGGUCGGUACUGUGGAGAAGCGUGAAGGCGCCAGCUAG